CUCGGUGUGGAACCCGCCCCUGCCCGAGCCUCGAACCAGCUGUCCAUGCCUAGACAAGAAUCCGAGCGGCUGAGGAAAUCCGAAACGAAACAAAAAUCAAGGCCAAAAGAAGAGAGAGAGAGAACAAAAUCCAGGGCCGUGAUGAUCGUGAGUUUCGUUUUUGAUGGAUGGAUGAAGAAAUCACUGCCGGAAAACCAGAGUCAAUGCCGGCAGAUCCCCGAGGCAUCUCCAGCGGCGCAUGUCACUGUUUUCUUCUUUCGGACACCUAAACCGAUCUUUUAACAUUUCACAGUAGCUGAACGGAGCUAGCUAUCCGUCUUCAUCUCCGAUGAAGAGAUAAUGGAGGCGAUGGUUUUCACUCGAAUAAUCCAUCUUCUGAUUCACUGAAGAUUAUCACAUCGUCAUCUUUUCAAGUUUUCAGCCACAGUCAAAUUAGCCUACUUCUGAGCCGCGAUGUCAACUCUGGACAACUCAUCUUCGCCGUCGCCGGUGCCGUCGACGGAAGCCGGGCCGGCGACGGCCGGGACUGGGCGUAGGGAGAUGGACCCGUUGUUGAAGGAUCUGAGCGAGAAGAAGCAGAGCUUCCGGCGGAACGUGGUGUCGCUGGCGGCGGAGCUGAAGGAGGUGCGGAGCCGUCUGGCUUCGCAGGAACAAUCGUUUGUGAGGGAAACACUAACCAGACAGGAAGCAGAGUGCAGGGCUAAGAAAAUGGAAGAAGAGAUUUGCAGAUUACACGAGAGCUUGGAGGAGAGGAAUGGACAAUUGCAGGCUUCGGCAUUUACGGCGGAGAAGUACCUCAAGGAGUUGGAUGAUCUUAGAUCGCAACUUUCAGCCACUCAAGCAAUUGCAAAUACAAGUGCUGCAUCAGCUCAGUCAGCCCAGUUUCAGUGCUUGGAGCUAUUAAAGGAACUGGAUGAGAAGAAUAGUUCAUUAAAGGAGCAUGAAGAUCGUGUAAGUAGGCUAGGGGGGCAAUUAGAUCUUCUUCAGAAGGAUCUUCAAGCUAGAGAAUCUUCCCAAAAGCAACUGAAAGAUGAAGUUCUGAGAAUUGAGCAGGACAUUAUGCAAGCCGUUGCCAAAGCUGGAGCAAGCAAGGAUUGUGAACUGAGGAAAAUAUUGGAUGAGGUUUCUCCGAGGAAUUACGAGAAGAUCAACAAGCUUUUGAUUGCUAAGGAUGAAGAGAUAGCUAAACUGAGAGAUGAAAUCAAGAUUAUGUCUGCUCAUUGGAAGCACAAAACUAAGGAAUUGGAAUCACAGGUAUCCACUUUUUCUUUUGCUUCUACAUUUAUCCUUUUUCAUCCCUAUACAAUUCCAGAGCAUAUGUUUUUUUGCUAUUCAUUUAUGAGCUUCAAUCCGUUUGUUGAACAGUUAGAAAAGCAUCGGAGGGCUGAUCAAGAACUCAAAAAGAGGGUUCUGAAGUUGGAGUUCUGUCUCCAGGAAGCUCGUGCACAGACACGAAAGCUCCAAAGGAUGGGAGAGCGACGGGACAAAGCUCUGAAAGAACUCAGAGAUCAGUUGGCAACCAAGCAGCAGGCUGCAGCUGUUGGUGUUGAAAAACAGAAUUUCUGGGAAAGCUCAGGUUUCAAGAUUGUCGUUUCUGUGUCUAUGUUGAUCUUGGUGGUGGUCUCGAAGAGGUGAAAGUAGUGUCAUCUUGCAUUGUAAUGUAAAAAGAUAGGAUACCAUUACCUUGGAACUCUAUGGAAGAUUAGAAUGCUGUAGAGGCCAUUUUGGUUGUACAAACACUUGUUUCUGAGGGUUUUCCCCACCUUUUUGUUACAUUUAGCUUUAGCCAGACACCCUUCCUGAGUAAUGGCAUUUGCAGUAGUGGCCAAGCUGUUAUAUUGAAGUUCUGGCUACAAUUUUACAUGUGCCUUAGAUGUUUAGAUCAAUUAAGUUAUUGAUGCUUCUUAUAGAUGCAGAAAAGGCAUGAUGAUAAA